GUGGGGUGAUGCUGGGUGUGCGGGCGCGGCCGGCCUCCCGCGGCUUGAGGGGAGGGUCAGUGAAAUUGGCUCCGGCGCGGGCGUCCUUCCACCCUCCCCUUCCUUCGGGGGAGUCGGUUUACCCGCCGCCUGCUUGCUUUCGACACUUGAUUGGCUGCCGAUGCUGUGGGAGCGGGCCUUUGCUACUGGCUCGAGUCUCACAUGAGCGAAACCACUGCGCGGGGCGCAGGGGUGGCGGGGAGGCGGGCGUUGGUACGGUCCUCCCCGAGGCCCAGCGCCGCAGUGUCUGGCCCCGCGCCCCUGCGCAACGUGGCAGGAAGCGCGCGCUGGAAACGGGGGCGGGCUGCCGGCCGAGACUUCUGGAUUGCGACGGUGGCGGCUCCGCCCCGGGUUCCCACCGCCUGAAGGGCAAGACAAGCCCGACAUGCUACAGGCACUCGUGGGGGUUGGGGAGGAGCAGGGGUCGGUCCGGCUGGUUUGUGGGUGGGAGGCGCAUGUUCUCCAAAAACCGGCGCGAGCUGCAAUCCUGAGGGAGCUGCGGUGGAGGAGGCGGAGAAAAGGCCGCACCCUUCUGGGCAGGGGGAGGGGAGUGCCGCAAUACCUUUAUGGGAGUUCUGUGCUGCCUCCCGUCUUGUAAGGACCGCCCUGGGCCUGGAAGAAGCCCUCCCUCCUCUCUCCGCCCGCGUGAUCUCGUCAUCGCCUCCAUGUCGAGUCGCUUCUCGAUUAUGGGCGGGAUUCUUUUGCCUAGGCUUAAGGGGCUAACUUGGUACCUGGGCGUUGCCCUGGAGGAGAGUGAGCAGGUGUAAGAUUUGAGGGGCGAGUCCGAUUAGUUAUCUUCCCACGGACUUGAGUUGGUGUCGAGGUUAUUGUAAUGAGGGUGGGGUAGGGAAAUAGAGCCUAGUCAUUCACCUGGGGCUGAUUUUAUGCAACUAGAGUGCAGAUUAUCACUACUUAUCAUUUUUGGAGUAUUUUUCUAGAGAUAGACGUAGAUUAAAGCAUGAUCACCUAAGUUUUAUGCCAUUUGAGACCCUUGCUGCACCCCCAAAGUGUAGCAUCAGAUUAAAUCUUAAUAGAAAAAUUUUAGCCUUUGCUUGAGAAACCAGUGCUUCCCUCCCUCCACCUCCCCCCAGGCUCUCUCCCCCUUUGCAUCCGUACCAGGCAUCUUAGCACCUCUCACUCAUACUUGAUCCCAUUUUCCAUUUGUUGUACUUGCUCAUCCAGUAUUCAGACAUAGCACUAGCUUUCUCCCUCUCUUGAUCUUGGGUAGCCUGGUGACUCACGAAACCAGACAGAUUGGUUCCACCACAAAUUAAGGCUUGAGCUGGGGCCUUACUCUUACCCAGCAGUGCUUUUAUUCCUCCCUAGUUCUCGUUCUUUAAGUGUUUACCUGGAUUUUCAUUUUAUCCUUUUUCCUUAGCUGGGAUUCUAUCCCUGACCCUCUUCACAGUCCAGGUGAUCUUGACUACUGCUUUACAGAGAAUUGGACCUGAGGUUAGGCAACAUCUCCCUUUCUCUUCCUCUAAAUACCUUUCGAGGCAUCCCUUUAUUUCUGUUCUCAACAGUUAGUAACUGAGCUCAGAUGCCUGUGUGACAGCUUCCAAAUUGCUGUCUCUGUCUUUAGUGUUAUAUUCUGAUCCAUCUUACAUCUUGUUAGAAUGAUUGUCCUAAAGGAAGAUAGAACGUGAAAAUGACAGAUGAAACUCCAUUACUGGCUUGUACUGUUUACAGCAAGUUGUCUAACCCGCGGGGUGCAUGGGACCCAGGACAGCUUUGAAUGCAGCCCAAGACAAAUUUGUAAACUUUCUUAAAAUGUUAGAUUUGUUUGCGGGGUGUUU